CCCGCCGUCAAGUCGCGCGUCGUCCACGUGCGCAACAUUCCGCUCGACACCUCCGAGCACGACCUGAUCCAGCUGUCCGCGCCGUUCGGCCGCGUCACCAACUGUCUCAUCCUCAGAGGCAAGUCGCAGGCGUUCGUGGAGUUCCUGGACUUCCAGUCGGCGCAACAAAUGGUCAACUUCUGGCUGUCGUCCACUUUGCAGGGAAUCCCGUCUCCGAUGCAGCCCAACAUCAGAGGGCGCCACGUGUUCUGCCAAUUGAGUAAUCACAAGGAGCUCAAGACCAACGGCUUCCACCAGAACGGCGGAAACGACCACCAGAUGGCGGCAGACGGCCAGUCGUCGCCGGGAGUGCAGAACGGCGUGUCGCGCGAGCCCAGCUGUGUGCUGCGCGUGAUCGUGGAGAACCUGAUGUACUCGGUGACGCUCGAAGUCCUGCAUUCCGUGUUCUCGCGCGCCGGCAAAGUGGCCAAGAUUGUGACCUUCACGAAGAACGGCUCCUUCCAGGCGCUCAUCCAGUUCAUGGACGGCCGGGACGCGGCGGCCGCGAAGCAACUGCUGGACGGCCAGAACCUCUUUCACCCGAACGCCAACACUCUGCGCAUCGAGUUCUCCAAACUGCAGGCAUUGAACGUCAAGUACAACAACGACAAGUCACGUGACUACACCAACCCCGCCCUCCCGCACACCAACGGCCCGCCGCAUGACGUCAUGCCCGACCAACUCAUGUCGUCACUCAUGACGUCACAGCAACAGCAGCAGCAGUCGCCGCAACAGCUGUUCCCCGCCUUCGCCGUCAACAAUCAGGCUCUGCGCGCACUCAACCCCAUCCACGCCCUCUCCGCGCUCCAGUCGCACCAAUCGCUCGGGCAGUUGGGCGCGCACCUGGGGCUGGGCGGGAUGGGCAACGGCAUGUCGGCCUCUAUCGCCUCCGCCGUUCUGCUGGUCUCUAACCUCAACGAAAGCACGACCACAACUGACGCUCUCUUCACUCUUUUCGGCGUGUACGGUGACGUCAUCCGCGUCAAGAUCCUCUUCAACAAGAAGGACAACGCGUUGAUCCAGAUGGCGGAGCCCGCGCAGGCGCAGCUCGCCCAAACCUACCUGGACAAGGUGAAGCUGUCGGGGCGCGUGAUCCGCGUCACCCCCUCCAAACACCAACUCGUGCAGAUGCCCAAAGAGGGACAACACGACGCGGGCCUCACGAAGGACUUCUCCUCCUCAGCGCUCCACCGCUUCAAGAAACCCGGCUCGAAGAACUUCGGCAACAUCUACCCGCCCUCCGCCACUCUCCAUCUCUCCAACAUCCCGCAGACCGUGCAGGAGGAGGACAUCCGCGGCGCCUUCACGCGCGAGACGGCCGCCCCUGUCGUCAACUUCAAGUUCUUCCCCAAAGACCGCAAGAUGGCGCUCAUCCAGUUGCAGAACGUCGACGACGCCAUUCACGCGCUCAUCAAAAUGCAUAACUAUCAACUCUCCGAAUCGUCUCAUUUAAGAGUUUCGUUCUCGAAAUCCUCGAUCUAAAGGACAACAAAUUCCACUUAAAAUCAUGUCUUUUUCUUUCAUUAAUUCGUGUCGUCUCUCGUGUCGUCUCUUGUCGUCUCUCUCGACGUCUCUGUCGUCACAACAAUAAUGUCGUGAAAAAUCCGUUUUCUAAUCGAACGCCAAUUCGUGCCUUUUAUGACAGUAUUUUUGCAUUUAUUAUCAAUUAUUUGUAUGAAAAAAGACACUAUUUUUUGGUCAUUUUUUUCUCUUAUUUUUUGUCAAUUAUUUUAUUUUUAAUUAUUUUUCAAUUAUUUCAUUAAAUUAUUUUUCAUAACA